AUGUUCAGCGUGAUACCAGUCACAUUGAGAAACGGCCAGUCCGCGACAAUCGUGCCGUUUGAGUCUAUAAACCAGGUUCCAAAAUCCUUGGUUGAUAAGCUGCACAAGGAAUACAACUACGAAGUCGAGCAAGGAAACACUUUGGCCCAAAUCGAGCCUCUUACAGAACAGGAAUUUUUGGAUUACUACUGCCCCAAAUUCCUUGCAAUCAUGCUCCAAGGGGAAUUCGAGUCCACUUCUCACGCUAUCGAGCUAGCAAAAGAAACCGAUCUCGGUGAAAAGUUCCUGGGGUCGUAUUACAUAAAACCAAAUUACCCGGGGAGAUCGUCGCAUAACUGCAAUGCAGGGUUUCUCGUUUCCAGCAAGCACAGAGGAAUGGGAAUCGGCAAACUUCUUGGGAAAAGCUACCUAGAGUAUGCACCGAAACUAGGCUACCGUUACAGCGUGUUCAACCUUGUCUAUGAAACAAACAAGGCCAGCUCGCGAAUUUGGGACAACCUUGGAUUUGAGAGGAUUGGACGGGUGCCGGGUGCCGGCUACUUGAAAGACCACGGCUACGUGGACGCUAUUGUCUUUGGCUACGAUUUCACCAAGGGCAAGGAGAUUUGA